AUGUCCGAUGACUUGAUCCAGCACCAGAUGCACGUCGACCAUACCUACCCUUCUGACGAGGAGCAUUCCGUUCUCGAGGACGACUCCGACGGCGAGGAUAGGGACCUUGACUACAUGGACGACGACGAUGGCUCGUCCUCCCUCUCCAUCCCAAACGAGUCUAUCGACUUCGACCUCGUCUAUGCCCUCCACAGUUUUGCUGCAACCGUCGAAGGCCAGGCCAAUGUAGUUAAAGGCGAUUCCCUCUUCUUAAUGGACGACAGCAACAGCUACUGGUGGCUUGUCCGCGUCCUCAAGACCCAAGAAGUCGGCUACAUCCCUGCUGAGAACAUCGAGACGCCCUUCGAGCGGUUGGCCAGGCUCAACAAGCACCGUAACGUCGACCUUGCUUCUGCCACGCAAGCGGAGCUUCAAGAGUCUCGCGACCGCCUGUACUCUUCCCGCACAGGGUCAAACCAAGCGCACACCCCUUCCCCCAUACCUGGCCGUCAGCCAUCGCAAAACUCCAGGCGCAUUCACUUCAAACACUCCUACGGCGUACACCGUUACGCCCCUGCCAUCUGGAAUGAGGACGAAGAAGAGGACGAGGAUGCAGAGUGGGACGACGAAGACUACGAGGACGAGGACCCGGAGCUUGCAGAAGAAUGGGAGGAGCGCGAGCGUGCCGCGCGCGGUGGUGAGCAGGGGGCCUCGCAACCAAGCGGCCCUGAGCCCGACGAUGGGAUGAGCUGGGAGGACGGGGCCGCCGAAGAGAUGCAGCGCGAGCGCCAGCAGCCACAACAACCGCUUCCUCCAGCCCAGAUACAGAUCGACGACAAGUUGCGCCAGCAAGGAGGCCCGCCUCAGGGCGCCGUCCAGCCCCUCCGCACCCAAGCCGCACGCGACAAGCUCGUCAUCAUGCAGGAUGAGGCCGCGCCCAGUUCCCCCUCCUCGCCGGGCAGGACCAUGGACCCCGCACAAGCGACAGAGACACGCAAGUUGUCAGUGACGCCACCAGUCGCUCGUUCGGCGGAAUACGAGCCUUCCGCUCAGGGUGGCCCGCUGCUCCCCAGCGCUAUCAUGCAGCAGCAGUCGGAGGAGCGCAAACGCACUCGCGAAGAGAUCGAGGCUCUGGAGGAAGCUGCCCGCAAGAAGGUCAACCUCAACGCUGGUAGACCUGCGAACGGCGCGGCACAGGCUAAAGUCACAUCCACGGUCACCGUCAGCGACUCCGGAUCGACGGGCAAAUCGAGCAGUGGCAAACUGCGUAAGGAGCGGGAUCGCGGGAAUGACACAACAGACGAUGAGGGCGGAAAGGAUAAGGACAAGAAGAAAAAGAGCGGUGGUGUGUUCGGAGGGCUCUUCGGGCGAAAGAAGGACAAGGAUAAGGAUAAGGGCAAAGACAAGUCCGAUACGGGCAGCGCCGUCAGCGUCGAGUCGCUCACUCGCGAAUCUGAAGAAUCCGGUCGUUCGCGCUCGUCGCCGCUCACUUCUCCCGAGGCCUCCUCCCCCGUCACGACAAACGCGCGCCAGCAGCAACAGCAGGCUAUGAUCAUGCAGCAGAAGAAUUCCACCGACCCCAAGCGCCCAUUGCAGUCUGUCUUGAUCCCACCGCAGCCCGAGACUCAGUCUCCCCAAACGAGUCCUUCGCAAGAGAAUCCAACGGGUCAGAUUCAGCUCUCUCAGCAUGUCUCGCAGCUCCGGCAGCGCGAUCAACAGCAGCAGGCUCUCUAUCAGCAGUAUCUCAACCGCUCGCCAGCUACGCCUCCGGAGGCCCAGCCGUCCUAUGGCCUCCAGUCUGCUUCCGCUGUCUUGCAAGGCUCAAUGUCUUUCGCCUCGUCCACGAGUUCUACUUCCGGUCUCUCUGUAAGCGGCUCCCGUCCACGUCCGGGCUCCUUGGUCCUAUCUCCGACUUCCAUGGACGGACAAGGCGUCGGUCUACCCGACCUCAGCGUUGUCCGUGUGUUCGCGGGAGACCACCUCCAGACCGAGGCGACGUUCAAGACGGUGUUACUCAACAACUCCACGACGGCGUCGGACCUGGUCCGCCAAGCCAUCCAGCGAUUCCGUCUUCCUGCCGGAGAGGAUGAGAAGGAGUACUACCUCACCAUCAAGCAGGUGGAGGGCUCAUCGGCGGUGCUCCGUCCCGAGGAGAAGCCACUUGGUGUCUUCGAGUCGCUCGUGGAGGCUGCUCUGGAGUUGCCGAAGGUCAAGCGUAGCAGCGUGGGUAGUAUCAGCUCCGUCGCCAGCAAUCUUUCGAUGCAUCCAGCGAUCAAGAAGCUGUCGAUGAACGACUUCACGGACGACUCUCAGGUCAAGUUCUACUUGAAUCGCCGUAGUCGGGCCGACGAUAGCAUCGGUGACGAAGGCGACGACACGCUUCUUGCUGAGAGUGUUGAUGGAGAUAACGAGUCUACGCGUGGCCGAGGACAUUUCCUUUCUGUGUCUACUUCUGGUGGGAACACGGUUCCUCCAGAGCGCUUCAGCUCGCCAUCGUUCCGCUUCGGCUUGCAGCUCGUCAUCUAUCCUGACGACCUCCCAGACGACAUGGUCUUUGAUCCUCAAACCGAGGCGAUUGUCUUUAAGAACACGCUCCGCAACCGUCCGCAGGCGAGCCAGGUCCCUUCGCCGGGCAUCAGCCAGAACUUCCGCAAGAAGAUCUUUGUUUUCCCCAAGAACAUCACUGUCGCCGAGGUCAUCGAACAGGGCUUGGACCGCUUUGGCAUACCUGAAGGUGUCGUGGACGGCGGAGACGAGAUCGAGGACAAGCAAACCAAGCGAAGGAGCUCUUCCCGCGUCCGAUACGGUCUUGCCGUGGAGGUCAAUGGCAAGGAACGCGAACUAGCACCUUCGAGCAAAGUUAUUGAUGCUUUCCCGCGCCCGCCCGCUUACCGCCAAGUUGAUCGUAGGUUCAGUGACAGCAAACGUCGAUCCAUCGACUCUGCGCAGUUGCUCUUGGGUUCGCUUGACGACGUCCGGCCUGACGACCCUAUCUUCAUCCUCCGUCGCGCCGUCGCCUAUCGCAACUCCUCUGCUCGGCAUCGCUCGUCGGCACCCCUUGACGAGCUCGCAUUGCAACAACUUCGAGAGUCGGUGGCUAGCUCGAGCACAGCAUCUGACACCACUGCCCAUGAAGAGCCCAAGCGCCAGAUGUCCAAGCAGGAGCUCAUUGCAGCUCAGCGUGCGGCUACACGCGCCAAUCAGCGCGCCAUCCUUUCUGCGCAGGCGAACUCAGCGCGGGGUCUGGACGUCCUCCUGCCAAGCAAUGCCAUGAUUCGAAGCUCUCGCUACGACGUUGACGAUAGGAUGCGUUACUCGUAUGUUGAACCUGAUGGCGAGACGUACGAUAUCAGCGACAUUGUCGAGAAGGAAUGGCGGAACGAGGUCGGACCUUCAGGCCACAAAUCUUCUUCGUCCGGUGACAAUCUCGAUCUCCUGCACGGUGUCCUUGCCCAUGGCAAGGAUGGCUUAGGCGCGAAACUCGAUCGGGUACUUAGCAAGAUCAAGCAUGAGAAGGAGACAGGGAGGGCACCGGUAUCACAGGCCUCCUCCGACCAGGGCUUCGGCUCCGCGCGUAGCAGCACUGACUCGGCCUAUCCUGCCUCGGAGACCGCACAGGAAGUGUCGUCUUCCCGGACAGCUACCCCCACUGCACGCGAUGCUGCCAGGUCGAAUUCCGCCGCUGCAACUAGCCAGCGUGUCGGAUCCCCGGCCGUCUCCAGAUUAUCUAGCUACCGUACUGCCAGUCCGGGAGAGUCAGACAUGUCCCGCGCACCCACUGCUACCCCGACCUCAGGCAGUCGCAUCCGUGGAUAUCCUGCUCCGCACGAGCGGCAAGCAUCCUUCGCAUCUGCCGUCUCUGACUACCGAACUGCUACCCCAUCCUCGCCACUCCCGCUGGGUGGCAUGGCGGCGAUUCCCGCUCGGAAGGACGAUCGGCCCAAGCUCGUUCUCCCAAGAAAUGACUUCGGUCUGAACGAGAUGAUGGCGGUCAUUGAGAUGCGCGCUUCGCUAAACAACAAGAUACCCGAGCAUCAGCCGCUGGAUUCGGUCGAAGAGAUGUUGUUUGGGAAGCCCAUCGAACCGCACACUCUGCAUCCCGAUAUCAGAGAUGUCUAUGCUAGCACAUUCAAGCAGCUGGAGGAAAUGGAUCAGGUAAGGUCUUGGCCUGUCAUGCACCAUUCAUAUGGUCGCUUACGAUUGCUCCGCAGACUCUGGAUGAGCUUUUGCAACAAGCAAUACACGUCCACUAAGCUGUUGACGGUAUAUUCAUCGCUCUUUCGCAUGUAUCUUACAUUCGCCACAUUUGGUUAG